GCAGUCUUCAGGCGUGAAGCCUGACCUGGCCCAUCCCCAUGGCAUCCUGUGCGGCUCUCACCUUGGCCCUGCAAUGUCUAGUUUACCUGGUCCCAAGCAUCGGAGCGGAGGACGGAUUGAUCCAUGAUGGGAAGGAGGCUGCACCGGCUGCACCGGCUGCACCCUAUGAUUGCCAGUCACUCAGCCAGGCAUCCGCGGCGGCACGACAGUGGUGUUGCACACAUGAAGGCAUAGCGUGCACCACACAGGGCCCAACAGAAUUCAAUUGCACCGGCGACGUUGCAAGUGCAUUCUCCGAAGAGAAACGGUUGUGGUGCUGUUCCCAUGAAAAGGUAGGAUGUCUCAAUACGAGCGACCUAAACAGUACCACAGUCAGGGAGAAAGUUGAAGUGGCGGAGAAUAGUAGCAAUACAAGUGUUGCCAAUCAGACAGAAGCCUAUGAUUGUACCACAGCCUCCAAUGCUUCAAAGGCUUGGAGCAGUGCUCAGAUGACUUGGUGUUGUCAGCAUGGGGCAUGUGGAAAUGAAUCUACCUUUAACUGCAGUGAUGCUGGCGAAUGGUCUGAGUUGAAGAAAUCCUGGUGUUGCCAACAUUUUGGCCUCACCUGUCCAGAUCAGAAAGUUGCCAGUGCAGUGAACAACACAGGCAGUGACAACCAGUCGGUCUCCAAUGACUCAGUCCAUGACAAUGCAGCCACAAUGGUUGUGGACGCGAUGGUUGUUGCAGCCGAAGAGAAUGAGGCCAACAGGACUCAGGGGAAUUCAGGCACCAGCGUUUUGAGCGAUCACAAGGAUGCUUAUGAUUGCGUCACUGGUGCCAGCAAUUGGACAUUGGAAUGGACGAAUGAGCAGGCCAUUUGGUGCUGUAAGUUUCGUAAUGUGUCCUGCAACGCUGGCCAUCCCUUACCAAUGUCCCAACCCUUCGAUUGCACAGGCUCCACAGAGGACUGGUCCCUGAGCAAACAGCAGUGGUGCUGUGACACCCACCAGCUGGGCUGCACAACAUCAGUGACAUCAGCGACAUCAACCACGCAGGGUGCGGCAGUAGCAGACCAGUUUGACUGUGACAAAGAAGGCUACUGGUCGCGCUCAAGGCAGGCGUGGUGCUGCGAGAGUAAGAAGAUUGGAUGCUAUUCCUGCACAGGGGAUGCAGAGAAGUGGUCCAUUCCAGAGAAGCUCUGGUGCUGCGAACAUCAGCCCAGCCGAGCAUGUGAUGAGCCAAGCAAUCAGUUUCAAUGCAACUUGGAGGAUGCGGAGAGGUGGUCAGAGGAGGAGCGGGCUUGGUGCUGCAAGACCAAGAACCAGGGCUGUGAUCCUGAUUGCGAUCUCGACUCUUUCCCUCUGUGGACGGGUUCGCAGCAGAUUUGGUGUUGCAAAAUGAAGGGGCUGGGGUGCCCAGCACAGCAAACCAGCUCAGCCCUUUUUGACUGCUUUGAAGACGACACCGAGGGUUGGUCUCAGUUGAAAUCGCACUGGUGUUGUUCCCAUGCCAAGCGCGGGUGCCCAAUGUUUGACUGUGAAGAUGGCUAUUCCAACUGGAGGCUUGGCUUCAGUGAAGCCAAAAAGGCAUGGUGCUGUGAGCACUAUGGCAUGGCCUGCGAGAGAUCCAGCUCAUCCAGCUCCAGUGAGGCAAGUGAUCAUCAUGAAUCUUUCAGUCAAGAAGGACCCUUUUCCGAAAGCCAUGACUGUGACGGGGAUCCUCAGGAGUGGUCCAGCAGCAAGCUGCAGUGGUGUUGCUUGGUGGAACAUCGUGGCUGCCUCAGCGACUUGCAGAAGGAAUUGGAGGAAACCUAUGACUGCAGCGAUGUGAUUAGAUCUAGCGUUUGGCCACCUGAGAAAACUGCCUGGUGUUGCUUCGAAAAGGGCGUGGCUUGUGAAGUUGAGUCAUUUACAGUACAACGACCUCCUCCAGAGCAGUCGGAAGAUGAUUCUUCGCUCUACUUUGUGCUGCUUCUCUUGGUGGUGAUUGUCAUCAUUUCAUACUAUCGUGCAAAGGGCGGUCAUUCUCGAAGAUCCUUCAGCUUCGGCCCUUCCCCAUCCGGGACCACCUAUGGCCGAGGCGUAUAUUCUGCACUUGGCUCGAGGUAUACACCCCCGAGUUUACCAUGACAAUGAUCAAGAAGAC